GCUCGUACCUUGGUCUAAACUGACUAGUGGUGCCGAGUAAAUCGUGGAAAAAAUGUCGAGCGAGAUUCCUGUAAGCCUUUUGUUUCUCAGGUUGGCUUGAAAUUCUUCCGCGUGACCCGUUGCUUCUUUGUCCAUGGCCAGCUUUCGAACAGUAGCAUUUUUCUUUGUUUUGCACUUCGCAGCAUUCAUCGAUGCAACAUCAAAGUCAUAUAUUGUUUAUCUGGGAGGGCCUUUAGAAGAGGGAUACAAUGUCGCUUAUCUUCACCACCAAAAACUAUCUACAGUUCUUGGACACGAGCUUGCCAAGGAGGCAAUGCUAUAUAGCUACAAGCACCUCUUCAAUGGAUUCUCAGCAGUUAUCCCACCUGACAAGGUUAAGAACAUUUCAAAGCUGCCUGGCGUUAAGAUGGUCCUGGAGGACAAAGUGUAUAGACUCCAGACGACGAAUUCGUGGCAGUUUCUCGGUCUCCAAAAUAUGAAUGGAACCGUUGCAAAUGGAAAGAUCCAGCAAACUAGAAAUAACGGCGGCCAAGAUGUUGUGAUUGGUAUGCUUGACACAGGCAUUUGGCCAGAAUCGGCAAGCUUCGAUGAUAGCUCUUACAGUCCGGUCCCAGAAAACUGGAAUGGUUCUUGCGUAAACACCACGGAUUUUAGUUCCACAAGCGACUGCAACCGGAAAAUAAUCGGUGCCCGAUAUUACUUUCAAGCCGCAAAUGCGACGCAACAAGACGAGUCAAUCCUGCUAUCGCCAAGAGACACCGAAGGCCACGGCACGCACACGGCAUCCACCGCAGCCGGAAGUUUUGUCAGGGAUGCAAACUACCGCGGUUUUACUCGCGGAACUGCUCGAGGUGGCGCGUAUGGAGCUCGGCUCUCGAUUUACAAGACGUGCUGGAACAAUUUGUGCUCGAAUGCUGACAUUCUGGCAGCGCUUGACGACGGUAUCGGGGACGGUGUGCAAGUUUUCAGCAUCUCACUGAGCGGUGAAGGAGCUAUCCCUGAGACAAAGGAUCCACUGGCCUUUGGAACGCUCUAUGCGGCCAUGCAUGGGAUUUCCAUCGUUGCAGCGGCGGGAAACUAUGGUCCUAAGUAUGCCACCGUAAGCAAUGUAGCACCCUGGAUGAUUACCGUUGCUGCUACCACAACUGAUCGGGCCUUCGCCAGCAACGUCAUCCUCGGCGACCUCUCGAGCUUCAUGGGUGAAAGUUUAUCAGAAGCUGCCCUGCAAUCUGGAUUCUAUCCCCUCGUCGCGGCUUCCGAUGUUUCCUUUGCGAACAUCUCAAGUGACUUGAGCAUGAUGUGUAUUCCUGGAGCACUCGACCCUCAAAAAUCGCAGGGUAAGAUCGUCUUGUGUUCAGACAGUGGUGUUUCUUUAGUUGUGAAAGGAGUGGCUGGUGCACUUGCAAAGGCUGCGGGUUUGAUCAUUUACAACAGCGAAAUGCAAGGCGAGACUUUAGAGGCCGUGAAUUAUGGCCUGCCUGCAGCAAACGUUGGAUACAAAGCUGGACAGGCUAUUGUUGCUUACAUGCAAUCGACUGGGAAUCCAACGGCAUAUAUAACUCGUUCUGUGACAUCAACUAGUGGUAGACCCGCUCCGGAAGUUGCUGCAUUCUCUGGUCGAGGUCCAAACUUGGUUUCUCCAGAGAUUGUCAAGCCUGAUAUUGCUGCUCCAGGAGUAAGCAUACUAGCCGCGUACAGCGAAUUUCACAAAACAGACAGUUAUGUGGUCAUUUCCGGAACUUCCAUGUCCUGUCCACACGUCACGGGAAUUGUAGCGCUUCUCAAAAGCUUGCAUCCGGACUGGAGCCCAGCAGCAAUUCAAUCAGCUAUCAUCACUACAGGCAAGACUACCAACAACGUAGGCGUUUCGAUAAAGGAUCAGACCUCCGAGAACGAUGCGACGCCUUUUGACAUCGGUGGCGGGGAGAUCGAUCCUCAAGCAGCAGCAGACCCGGGACUUGUUUACGAUGCCACUCCUGGAGACUACUUUCUAUUCUACUGCCAAAAACUCAAGCUCCAGAAAGCGCCGGCCUUGGACGCGGAUUGCAGAGACACCGAAACCGAGUCGUUUCAGCUCAACUAUCCGUCCAUCUCGGUGUCUCUCAAGCCUGGCACGGCUGCAAAGAUCACCCGCAGGCUAAAGUCCGUGAUGGAAGGAACUUCUACGUUUCACGCCAGUGUCCGUCUUCCUACAGUGGCCUCGCUGACCGUCUCGGUGAGGCCCUCGGUCCUAAACUUCACCCAGCAAGGCGACGAAGCAUCGUAUAAGAUGGAGUUCUCAUUGGUGGAAGGAUUUUCCACAAAGCAAGCUUAUGUCUAUGGCUCCUUGACGUGGAGCGAUGAUCGAGGCUACCGAGUACGCAGUCCCAUGGUCAUCAAGCUGGAAGCAUAAGAAACUUAUCAAGGCUCUUCUUUGUUCUUCUUUUCUUCGAUUAAAAAACGAUCGUGUGACAACUUAGGACGCGUGAAGAACAUUCCAACA